AUGAAAUGGAAUCGAAGUCGUACGCAUAAAUCACACAAUUAUCCAUCCCAUCUCCCGAUGUCUACACAAACGUCUAACGUAAACGUCAACGAAGAAAGCGCGAAUCAAAGUCGUACGCAUAAACCACACUAUUAUCCAUCCCAUCUCCCGAUGUCUAAACAAACGUCUGAAGUGAAUGCCAAAGAAGAAAGCGCGAAUCGAAGUCAUGCGCAUAAACCACACAAUUAUCCAUCCCGUCUCCCGAUGUCUACACAAACGUCUAACGUAAACGUCAACGAAGAAAGCGCGAAUCGAAGUCAUACGCAUAAACCACACUAUUAUCCAUCCCAUCUCCCGAUGUCUACACAAACGUCUAAAGUAAAUGUCAACGAAGAAAGCGCGAAUCGAAGUCAUACGCAUAAACCACACAAUUAUCCAUCCCAUCUCCCGAUGUCUACACAAACGUCUAAAGUAAAUGUCAACGAAGAAAGCGCGAAUCGAAGUCAUACGCAUAAACCACACAAUUAUCCAUCCCGUCUCCCGAUGUCUACACAAACGUCUAACGUAAACGUCAACGAAGAAAGCGCGAAUCGAAGUCAUACGCAUAAACCACACAAUUAUCCAUCCCGUCUCCCGAUGUCUACACAAACGUCUAAAGUAAAUUUCAACGAAGAAAGCGCGAAUCGAAGUCGUACGCAUAAACCACACAAUUAUCCAUCCCAUCUCCCGAUGUCUUCAAGAACUUCCAACGUAAAUGUCAAAGCAGAAGAAAGUCCAAGUGAUUUCCCAAUUUCCCAUGUUCAUUCAAAUAGCAAUCAUAUUAAUAGAAUACAAAAUGCAACGGUUAUAUUUUCAAAUAAUCAAAAUGAAAAUCUACAGUCUUUAUGGUUAUCAUCUGUGAUAGUAUCAAGUACAGUGGCCACUCUCAUUUCUACCACUAUUUGUAUUGUAUUAUUUUGUAUAUUCCUUACAGUACGGAAAGUUAAUUACGUCAGAAAUGAUUCACAUUCAUCUGAUACCACAAGUAGCUGA